AUGCCUGUCAUCUCUCGUCAGCCAACGCGCUACUCAGUGGACGAGCUCGACGCUAUGCCUUUACUUGGUCGCAAUCCUAGCAAGCGACGGCCGCGGAAGUCUAAGGAUACCAAUAGUCUGACUAAAUCAGCAUUGCAGCGAGACCAGCCUACACUGCGACUGCGGUUUCAACAGCGAUGCUUGAAGCCGGAGACGUGGUGGACAUCUCUUACCGCUUUUGGUGCCUACGAUGAUAUCUCGCACAUGCUGGAACACGAGAAAGCCAUUGCAACGGAGGAAACCCGACAGGAAUGGAUGCGACGUCUGCGGCCCAUGCCUCACCGUCUAAGCCCUCCAGUCAAGCAAGGAAAACAACACAAAAGGAGCUAG